AUGGACAGGUGGGAUGACUGUGGAGAUGGAUCUGAUGAGCCAGAAGAAUGUGCACAAGUUGUAUGUGCUCCUGGUCAAUAUCAAUGUGGCAACAAUCACCAUUGCAUACAUUCAGCCCAAAUAUGUGAUGGAAAGAUGGACUGUGAAGAUGGAUCCGAUGAGAAGAGAUGCGAGGAGUACACUUGUCUGAGGUCUCAGUUCAAGUGCCCUGGAAAGAAAUCUAAAUGCAUUCCUCUGAGUGAGAGAUGUGAUGGAGAGGCACAGUGUCCUGGCAUGGAGGAUGAGGAAGACUGUGGCAGAUUGCAUGAUUGUGCUGAUGCAUCUGAUGAGUCUGACUGCUUACCUCGCCAUUCUCUGGAACAUUUCAUGUAUGCACCUAGAACUUUCAUCCAUCUGAAAUCUUGGUGUAUUCCUCCUGCCUGGAAAUGUGAUGCAGAUAAGGACUGUGGUGAUGGGAGUGAUGAAGAUGAUUGUGAACCAAAGUCUUGUGCUUCAGAUGAGCAUCAAUGUGAUUCCUUACGGUGCAUUCCCAGAUCUCUUAUGUGUGAUGGGGUCUUCAAUUGUGAGGAUUUGAGUGAUGAACUGAAUUGCAAUGUCACAUGUCAAGAAACAGAGUUCAAAUGUGCCUCUGGUCAACAGUGCAUCCUGAAAGAAUGGAGAUGUGAUGGGGAGAUGGACUGUGCUGAUGAAUCAGAUGAAGAGAAUUGUCCAGGGAAGAAUUGUUCUGGGAUUGGUCAUGAUUGUAGAGAUGGACGAUGCAUACCAUUUGCUUGGCGAUGUGAUGGACGAUGGGACUGUCAUGAUAAUAGUGAUGAACUCCCUAAGCUAUGUGCCAAAAUCCCUUGUCCUUUUAAUAGGUUUAGGUGUAAGGAUCACAAGUGUAUUCUCAUAUCAUAUGUCUGCAAUGGUGAAAGAGACUGUGAUGAUGGAUCUGAUGAAACCCCAAUGGUCUGCAAAGAGCUUGGUUUAUGUGGUCAUGGAAUGCUUACAUGCAAGAAUGGGAGAUGCAUUCAGGAAAAGCAGAAGUGUGACCAUCUUGAUGAUUGUGGAGAUAACAGUGAUGAAGAUGACUGCGACUUUGGACCAUGCUCUUUUGGUGCCUGCUCACAGGUUUGCAAAGUCAACAGAGAGAAGCAGGAUCAUACUUGCUCUUGUGUUCUUGGCUACAUCAAAGUUGGAGAUGAAUGUAUUGCAACUGGCCCAGAGGCUUUUCUUUUCUUGCUUGGAGACAACAUGUUAUUCACCAUGAGCUCCCACAAGAGAAGGGAGGGUUCUUUGAACAUCACAUUGAUUCCUGGGACCAGCAGACACAGAAGUCAUCACAUGGACAUCUUAUACCACAAUAAUGGUCAAUCACUCAUCUAUUGGAGUGAUACUGAGAAUAUUUAUAGAAGGGAAGCUCCCACUGUUAAUGGUGAUGGAUUGCUUAAUCGGCAAACAAGAAACCCUGGUGGAUUCAAAGGUGUGAAUGGGACCAGGGAACAUCAGUCCAGGGAUGAGGCUGUGGUAAGAACAUCUGGCCGUCCUCAGGGACUCUCUGUGGAAUGGAUAACUGGAAAAGUUUAUUGGGUUGAUUCCCUGGAGAAGGUCAUCAGAGUGUCUGACUUAAAUGGGAACAAUAUUGUGACACUCAUCAAUACAAGCCUUGGAUACUCUCAAGAUUUACCUCAAGACAUUGUUGUUGAUCCCCAUUCUGGGUGGAUGUUCUGGACAAAUCAAGGUCUCAUGGCUGCCAUUGGGAGGGCAAGGCUGAAUGGAAAUGACUCCAAGACCUUAGUGAGUGAAGAUCUCCUGUGGCCAAGUAACCUGGCAAUUGAUUAUCCUGCUGGCAGGCUCUACUGGACUGAUUCACGAAAGGAAACAGUGGAAACUGUUAUGUUUGAUGGAAAAAAUAGGCAGAUUUUCAAAAUUGGAAUCCCAGGUCAGUUAUUCAUUUAUCCUAGCCUUGUAAUUGGACUCAUUCUGAAUUGCAUCAUGUUUUCUCUUCCCAAAGGUUGCGCAUUGGAUGUCUUUGAAGAUAAGCUUUACAUCACAUCAUGUGUGAAUCACUCAGUUUAUUCCCUUCACAAGUUUGGAAAAAACAAUACUCUUGUACCUUUGACUGCAGGAAGAAUCCCUGUUCAUGACAUUGUCAUCACUCAGAUGUACAAGCAAAGACUAAACUUGACAGAGAAUCCAUGUGAAAACAAUCCUUGUCCUCGUGGUGCUCUGUGCCUCCUUGACCAUGUCAAUGAAAGGGGCUACUCUUGCCAUUGCUCUGAUGGUGCACCAGCCACAUUGGAUAGGAAUCAACUCCAAUGUGGUCUCUCGGAGAAUUCUCUCUCGUGUGGUUUAGAUUGCAAUGCAGGGAAAUGCAUCCUUCAGGAUGGCAUACCUAAGUGUCAGUGCCCUUCAGGUAUCAAAGGUCCCACAUGCUUGUUGUGUGAUGGCUUCAAGUGCCUGAACUCUGGAACAUGUCACUUGAAUCAGAAUGGGACUCCAAGUUGUAAAUGUCCUUCUGGAUUCACAGGAGUUCAGUGCAUGCCUGGCUUUCAUGGUAGAUAUUGUGAAGAAACCAUCAGUGAUGACCCAUGCAUCAACUUCUGUGAGAAUGGUGGAGUGUGCAGUUUUGAAAAGAACAAACCUCCUCAAUGCUGGUGCCUCAAGGGAUGGACUGGUAAUCAGUGCAAGAUUCAGCUGGGCAUGCGUGCAUGCUCCAACUACUGUCACAACAAUGGGAAAUGUCACCUCAAUCAGGACCUAACCAUGGAACCUGUGUGCGAAUGCCCUUUAAAUUACUAUGGCAAGAGGUGUGAUAAGUACAUCAAUCCAGCUGUUGAAAAUGGUGAAGACUCUGUGACCCCUGUUGCUGUAAUAUGGAGCUUCGUAGCUGGGAUUUGUCUCCUCGUCCUCCUCAUUGCAGCUGUCAUGUUCUACAUAAAGAAACAAAGGAAGCCCUUUAUGCACAUACGCAUGGAAGAUGGCAACAACUUAGAAAUCAACAAUCCAAUCUAUCUGCAAGGAGAUGAUGAAGAAGUUGAAGAUGGAGACACUGAGCCCAGUUUCUCUGUUGAGAGUCAUCGGUUGGGUACAUUCUCCAAUCCAGUAUAUGACUCAGUUUAUUGUGAUGGUGAAGAGAGUGGAAAUCCUGAGAAAGAAGAGAAGAGAGGACUCCUUCAAAGCAAGGAUGAGCUCAAAGUGGAAUUUAGCAACCAAAGGACCAACAACACAACUGAUUCUCUUGCUUAGACUGGAGAUGUGCUUCUUUGGCUUCACUCCUGUGGAGUUUUUCCCCUCCCCCCAUCUCUCCUAAAUCUUAAUUGCAUGUAUGUAUGUAAGUAUGUAUUAUUGGUUCACAUCCAUUGUUCACUUCCGUACUUUUGCACUGCUCACAGGCUCUAUUUUGUCCAUGUAGUACAGAGAAUGCUUUAUUGUUGUAUUAUAGUUAAUGGCAUACAUGCAAAUCCCAUUUUUGCUUGUCUGUAUGGAAGCAAAAAUGUAGUAGUGAGAGACUGAUGGAUACAUCAACUGACCCUUAACUCCUAAGAAUUAGCAGAGUGAGCUUUAAGACUGUAUACUCUGUGAUAAUUGUAAUUACAUGCCAUAAGUAUAACUUGAUGACCAGGUUGGAGAUGCAGAAAGGUCAUGGUCUUGCUAAAUGAACUCUGGGCAUUAUUUUUUGCUUGUGUGAAACAUGCUUCAGCUGGCUUGUUGCAUGCUGAGGAUGCUGUUUAAAUGCCAGUAUUUGCUCACAGGCCUCUUCAGAUGACCAAAGGUAUUAGGAGCAGUAGGUAAUCAAAGCAAAGGGUUUCUGCUCUGACAAAUAGUGUGCCACUUCAAAGUAGUUACUAGUAUUCAAUUUUCCCCUUAGUUUCAAGUAUUAUUUUGGCACUUAUUCAUCAUUGGAGGUUCACAUCAGGAAGGUUUACUAAAGGUGUUCACUAAAGAAAUACUCAAGCAAGGUGUUUUUUUUUGUGUCCCUGUAUGAUGAUGAGACUGUAUGAGAUGCUUCAUGUGCAAGAUCCAAAAUUUUAUUCUUGAACAUAUGUACUCCUUUAUAGGUACCAGUAAGAGAUGAUGUCUUGAAGGUCAAGUGAAGUUCAUGUUUCCAUGUUGUGCUUCAUUUUCAUGCAGUUUUUUUUAGAUGUAUUAAAAAUAAGGCCAGAAGUGUAACACUCAAGUGACUUUCAUGCUAUGUAUUUUUUCCUCAAACAAGCUGCCUCAACAUAAUAACUCACAUACUUUCUAAACCACAGAUAGCAGUAAUUGGCAUGGCGCACUGUGUCCAUGAUGGAUUUUUCUUGUUCUCAGUUGCAGAAUGCACCUCAGUGAAACUUGUUAGAGUUUAUUCCCAAAUUCCAUUAGACAUUACAGUAUUUUUAAUAUAAAUUCCUGCCUUACCACACUUUAGGUCAGCUACAAGCAGUUGUAAUACUCUCUGGUCUAUAACUUUGGUGGGUGGACAUUUAGAAAAGUAAUUUGAUCAUAAUAUUUAUUGCUUUCUACAUGUGUAUAACCCCAGAAAGACAUCAGAACAGGUGUCAUUGCACACCCACCACAUACAUUAAACUUAUUUGAAUAUUCCCCAUUAAAUCUUUGCUUGUGCAAUAAUUUUUUAUUUAUUAAUUCCUUCAAUUAUUGUAAUUUUCCUACAACACCAUGGACUGUAUAGUUCUAUAUCUCCAAUUGUGGCUGGAUGAAAGUAUAGCACAGUGGUUCCACUUCGGAAAAAAUUGUUUCAAUGACAUGAGAAAAUCCUCCUCUCCCCCCCUAGUCUAAAACUAAAUCUCUCUCAUUUGGGUAAAUUCUUCAUCCAAUCAUGUUAACCUUUAGCAACUUUAUUUCAGACUAUGAUCGGUCUGGCCAAAAACUUAAGCCUGCAAUUUCAGCAUGUCAAUUAGAAUGUCCAA